AUGUCUUCAGAAAACAGACCUGGAAGUUUUUUGUUCGUACCAGAUGUAAAAUCAGCUGAAAAGGUGCUCCACGAGCAUGAGUUGGAUACGACAACAAGGUUUGUUAUGUACUACAACAACGGUUUAGGCAAAGGUAAGCUUAAAUGUACGGUCAGAGUAUUCUGUGACUUUACUAAUUAUUGGUUUGUGUACACCAAAAUGGAAUAUCCGGGUGCAGAAUAUUGCAUGUGGCACAGAAGAACCCUUUUUUGGGGGGGGGGGGGGGGGGAGGGGGGAACAAACAAAAAAAAAUCCUAGCAAUACCAUAAUAGGUUUUUAAAUACAAAACAAACUAACGGGAUAAUAAUGAUGAUAAUAACAACAAUGUUAAUUGAAUAAUGCAUUAGAUGAACAAUAAACUUAAUAUCCAAAUAAAAGACAAAAAAAUGGAAGAAAGGUUCAAAUAAGAAACAGAAAUAUCUUGACAAAAGAGGUUGUGAUUGUAGGUGCCCUGGGCCAAAAACAUUUUGUGCAGCCAUAUAAAAUUCAAAGGGAUGAGGAAAGAUGCCUUCACUCUUCAUGCCUCCUGCCUGCUGAAAAUGGCUACAGGACACUGAUAAAAUCUAUACCAGGGUCAGUUCAGAGCAGAAACAUAAACUUACGGAAAAAAAUGAACUGUGAAAGCUUAUAUAUAUGUACAAUAUUAUAUUAAGAUUAGGCCUUGCUUUGUUCCACAAAAUGAGCAAAUGAAGGGGAAGAAGGUGUUUUUUUGAAGAUCCUCAGUCUGUAACCUCCCAAUCAAGGGUCAAAUAUGAUGGAAUUCCAUUCAUCAUAACAGGAAAACGAGUAUAUGAUUGGCAUCAGGGCAUUGACAGACAUGCAGCAGAUAAAGAAAGAAGAAAUACUUCCCAGGUUAUUUUCACUUUUUUUCAGUUAAGGGACUGGUCAUUAUUUAUGUAGGGGGGGAGGGAGGGAAAAAAGAAGGGGGGUCAAGGCUGUUUUAGAUUGGCUAGAGGGGGGGCUAAUUUUUUCCAACAAUUAAUAGGGGGGUCAUGAUUUUUUAGGUUUUGUAAGGGGUCUUGUCUGUGCUUUUGCAAAUGGGAUUACUUUUACGAUAUAAAUUAACUUCAAAGAUGCAGGUGGUGAAGAUGGACAACCCAGUUAGAAGAAUAUUGUCAAAAACUUCAUUGCUUUAAUAUUUCACACUUUAAUAAAAGACAAAUCCAGAUCAGCCAGUUUACAAAGGCAACAUAGUUAAAAUUAGGAAUCAGAAAGUGCAAAAGCAGAAGGGCUACAAUGACUGUGCACUCUUUGCUAUAGCCUUUGCCACCACUCUAUGCCAUGGUGGUGACCCCACCACCAAGAGAUAUGACCAGAGAGCCACGCGCCUGCACCUUGUUGAUUGCCUGGAGUCUUCAAGGAUGACCGAGUUCCCACCAACUAAUGAUACAGUUGAGCUUGUUCAUCCUGUGGUAGGCAAAAAUGUA